AUGGCCCUGGCAACGUUCGAUGGCGAAUUUAGCUUUUCUCAGGAGACAGUAGCUCGCCUGGGGGACCGGGCAGGAACUUCGAAGCUUACUGAGGAGCAGCAGCGACAGUUGAAGCAGAGCAAAGCCUUCCAGGCCCAAGUUCGAGUCGAUGAGCUCCUGAAGGAAUACUCCGAAGAACGGGACAAAAAGCGUGCUGCUCUGGAUCAGGCCUUUACUCCAGAUGAGGUCGAUUUCUCCGCAUCCAAAGCCUUCGACUAUGACCGAUCUGUGAACUACUAUGAGGUCUUAGGUAUUGACGAAUACGAGCCUUUGGACGAAGUGAAUCGCGCUUACAAGCGGCUCUCCCUCGUCUAUCAUCCUGACAAGACGAAGGGAAUGUCCUCACAGCAGCAGCAGGACUACGAGACCAUUUUCAUCUCGGUGAAGAAUGCCCAUCUUGUCCUAGGCGACCAGGCCACCCGACGGCAGUACGACAAGGACCGAGAUCAUGAUCGAGCAAAAGAGCUAGUCAGUGGCGUUAAGGCCCAAAAAUCCCAACAUGUUGACCUCACAGAGGUGCUGAAACGCAUCAGUGAGAUGCAAAGGCCUCCUGGGAAGAAUGUGGAGGUGACUCUGCAAAUGGAGUUGGAGCACUUCUUCUAUGGUGUACACAAAGUGAUUCCAAGGAACCGACGCGUCAAAGACUUCUACGCGGGUAUGGUGACACAGGAGCAUUUGUACCGACUUCAUGUGGAACGAGGGGCUGCAGAACCGGUGGAGAUCUCCUUCAAGGUCACUGGCCGAAGUUCCUGGGGCGGGGAUCACGGACACGGUUUCAGGAGCAAGGAGAUCACAAUGCUGAUGCUCGCCCUGACACUGUGA